AUGCGACGGGGCAGGGCGACGCGACGGGGCAGGGCGACGCGACGGAGCAGAGGCGACGGGACGGGGAAGGGCGACGCGACGGGGCAGGGCGACGCGACGGGGCAGGGCGACGGGACGGGGAAGGGCGACGCGACGGGGCAGGGCGACGGGACGGGGCAGGGCGACGCGACGGGGCAGGGCGACGGGACGGGGAAGGGCGACGGGACGGGGCAGGGCGACGGGACGGGGCAGGGCGACGCGACGGGGCAGGGCGACGGGACGGGGAAGGGCGACGGGACGGGGCAGGGCGACGGGACGGGGGAGGGCGACGGGACGGGGCAGGGCGACGGGACGGGGCAGGGCGACGGGACGGGGGGAAAGGGCGCGACGCGACGGGGGGAAAGGGCGCGACGCGACGGGGGGAAAGAGCGCGACGCGACGGGGGGAAAAGGGCGCGACUCGACUGGGGGGAAAGGGCGCGACGCGACGGGGGGAAAGGGACGCGACGAGGGGGAAAGGGCGGGCAGGACGCGACGCUAG